AUGGCUGAAUUGGAGGUAGAGUUUGUUACACUAGUCUCUUCGGACAACUUUAAGUUUAUAAUACUGAAAGAUGUGGCAUCUAUAUCGUCGGUGUUGCGGAAUUCACAAGGAUUUGAAGAGGGGAAAACGGGACGAAUAGAGCUAGACAUGGACGGUGAUAUUCUCGAGUGUAUUGUGGAGUAUUUGUACUAUCAUUACAAAUACAAGGAUCAAGCAGAAAGCGGAGAUGUUCCUGAAUUCAAUAUCCCAACCCACUUGGCAUUGGAGUUGUUGGUUAAAGCGGAUUACUUGGAUAUAUAA